UCCGUUGUUAGUUUAGUUUAACCAUCGCAGCGCUUGAGUCGCGAUUAGUUGCUCAAGUACCCAGUUGCCAGGAUCGUUGGUUGCUCUGCUGUUUUUUUUUUUGUUCUCAAAUCCCGAGUCCAAAAUGAAGUUAUUUUUAUGUGCCAUUGCUGUGACCCUGUGUGUGGCGACAACAGCCGUGUCCGCCGCCAACUUCGAGUGCCCGAAGCCCAAUGGCCAGUUCGCCGACGAGGUGCAGUGCGACAAGUUCUACGUCUGCGACGACGGAGUGGCCAAGGCGAAGCUCUGUCCCGAUGGCCUGGUCUUCGAUCCCCUCAACCGCAAGUUCAACAAGUGCGACCAGCCCUUCAACGUGGACUGCGAGGACCGCACUGAGCUCCAGGAGCCCAAGUCCAGCAAGUACUGCCCGCGCAAGAACGGCUUCUUCGCGCAUCCCGAUCCCGCCGUGUGCAACAUCUUCUACAACUGCAUCGAGGGCGACGCCCUGGAGACCAAGUGCACCGUGGGCCUGCACUUCGACGAGUACUCGGGCACCUGCGUGUGGCCGGAUACCGCCAAGCGCGAGGGCUGCAAUCCGGAGCAGAGAACCUCCGAGACCGGCUUCGUGUGCCCCAAGGAUCAGCCGAAGACCGACGACCGCGGCCAGGUGGUGACCCACCCCAAGUACCCGCAUCCCACCGACUGCCAGAAGUUCUACGUGUGCCUGAACGGCGAGGAUCCCAGGGAUCUGGGCUGCCAGCUGGGCGAGGUCUACAACGAUGCCACCGAGAUGUGCGAUGCUCCCGAGAAUGUGCCCGGCUGCGAGGACUGGUACAAGGAUGUGGACGACAAGAAGGACUAAGCCACUUCCGGUCGCUUCUCCUUCUCCUCAUCACAUACACACCCACACUCAUGCACACACACAAGCACACUGAGAGAAAUUAUCAAUCAAAUCAAAUCGAAACACACAGAUUCGCGUCUUAGUCACUUAAAUUUAGUAGUUCUAGCCCAUUUCCUAUAGAGCGUAUGUGUAGCAGUUAAACUUCAAUACUCCGACCAUCUAUUUCCCAGCUAUCUUUCUCUAUUUCUGACUGUUCUUCACCUACUUCUAGAUACUUUUCUAACUACCCAAUCUCCAUUUCUGUGCCCAACCGAACGCUACCAAAUUGUUGUGUAUAUAUUUCCCGCUUUCAGACUUUCGCCUUAUUAUUAAACAAAAAGAAUAAACUGAAUUUUUUAUAAACCACUCCUGUCAAUCUAAUCUAUCUUCCCGAUCCUGAGACUACUACUACUCCAUAUACUGUUUCAGCUAUCCUAUGUGAUCUUCGCCUGAAAUUUCAAUUUCCCUCUGGUUUCUCUAUGUUUUCUCUACUUUACUUCUUAUGAUAUUCCUAAACCAAUUUCCUGUUUAUAAGGAAACCCUCUUUACAAACUUCUGUUCUUCUAAAAGUUUCAACCUCGAAUCUUUUCCAUUCUAUUUCCUUCAUUUCUUUCUUUUACCUUUAAAAUUUUAAAUUUCAAAACAAUUAAAGUUUGUUAAGCUACAGUUUAUUAUUCCUAAAAUGCUCUUUUAUAAGCAUUUCAAUCCUGUAAUCUUGUACUUCACUUCUACCUCAAGUCUUAAAUCUAAAUCUUUUCUAUACAUUAUAUAUUUUUCAUAAAUACUUCCUUGUAUUUCGAUUAUACCUACUGUAUAAAUACUCUUUAUAUUAUACUCUCUAUAUUAUUUAUUAAUAAACAUCUUGACUUGCCUGCAAAAUCCAAACGAUAAGAAACUUUCACGUACCUUAUUUAAGUAAUCAUGCAACCGUCUGUAAACCCAUGACACCUAACCUCACUCCACAUUCUCCGAUCUUUCUCGAAUUAAAAAACUAUGUAUUUCGAAU